GCCUCUCAGUCAUUCCUCAGAGCCAGCUCUGCCCCACGCUGAGAUGGGGCUGUCCCAGCUCUGGCUGUGGCUGAAGAGGCUGGCGAUAUUCUUGCAGGUGGCCACCGAGGUGGCUGUGGGCAAGGUGCUGAUGACACUGUUCCCAGGGAGGGUCAAGCAGAGCAUCUUGGCCCUGGGCCAAAAGACGGGGAUGGCCAGGAAUCCCCGAUUCUCCCCCGACAACUGGGUCCCGACCUUCUUCGGCAUCCAGUACUUCUGGUUCAUUCUAAAGGUCCGGUGGCAGAGACUGGAAGACAGGGCCAAGCCUGGGGGCUUGGCCCCCAACUGUACCGUGGUCCGCCUCUCAGGACAGAAGUGCCAGAUCUGGGAUUUCAUUCGAGGCGGCAGGCCCCUGGUGUUGAACUUCGGCAGCUGCACCUGACCUUCGUUUCUUCUCAAAUUUGACCAGUUCAAGAGACUUGUAGAUGACUUUGCCUCCAAAGUGGAUUUCCUCAUCAUUUACAUCGAAGAAGCCCAUGCGACAGAUGGCUGGGCUUUUAAGAACAACGUGGACAUCAGGCAGCACCGGAGCCUCCAGGAACGCCUGCAGGCGGCGCACCUGCUGCUGGCCAGGAGCCCCCAGUGCCCUGUGGUGGUGGACACGAUGCAGAACGAGAGCAGCCAGCUCUAUGCAGCUCUGCCUGAGAGGCUCUACGUGGUCCAGGAGGGCAGGAUCCGCUACAAGGGUAAACCCGGCCCUUGGAACUACAAUCCAGAGGAAGUCCGCGCUGUUCUGGAAGAGAUCUGCCCUUCCCCUGGACAUGCGCCUCAGCUCUAGGGGAGCAGCCGGAGGGUUCCCCAAACCUGGUUCUCGCCCACACCAGUCCAGGUGUCUUUUAUUUUUGACCCUUGUUCCCAGAUGAAUUAGCAGCACAGAUUCUUUCUGAUCUAAACAACUCCCAAGAAGGCAAUACAGCUCACAGCACACGAUCACCACCAAUUGUUACAACCAGAGCAUAGAGCUAUACCGAGCUGUCAGCAAAAGUGAGUGUUCUCCACACUGCUCCCACAGCGGAGCCCAAUCCAGUGCGCAGCAUCUUCCGGUGGGAGGUCCUCGGGCUCAGCUGGCAGACUUCUGAAGUGUAGUGACCCUCGUGAUGAUGUCAAGAGCUUUGGCAUGGCACCCCUCACGUUCAGGCAGCCUGUCUAACCACGUUUGCUGCUCAUAGAACCGAUCAUUUAAAACGCUGACCUGGUUUCUCAGUACCAAGCAAGAGGCGUAUUUCCGCCUGUUGAUGAGAGAUGAGGAACUGAAGGCAGAGAAAGCGGGAACCAAAGACAACAGAAACCCCUUUCUGGCCGAAAGACUGAAAUCAGUUGGUAUCAUUAGUGAUAGGCGUUUCCAUGGCCACACAUAAUCUCCCUCUACCGUCUUCGAAUAGAUUUCACCAAAAUAUGGCUCUCUGGUAUUGACCCAAAAGCUUGAUAACGUUGGCCAGACCAAAUUACAGGCACUAGCAAAAGCUGCCAUUCAGGCCCUGUUGGAACUCUGUCCCCUGACUCACAGUCUCUUAUUGGUCCUUUGUGUUAGAUGAUGUCAGACUGAUGGGUAGUCAUCAGUUCAUCUGUUGUGACUGCUUCUUUUCAUAUUUGUUUAUGACGGUCACAGUGUAAAGUGCACACAGCUGUGACUUGAUUUCUAAAAAUGUCAUUAGAUGCAACAAGCUAACAACAAUUAAAACCUGUCAGGCUA